AGCACCCGAGCGCCUCUACUGCUGGGUGAAACAUAUGCUUCUGUGACAGUGAAGGUGCGGGUUGUGAAGAACUGAGUGCACAUAUAAAUGCAUUUUUCACCACAAAAUACUCCAAAAGAAUGAUCCAAUUCUCUACAAAAUCGCGCUCAAAGUCCAUCAGCUUCGUGUGCAGUGUGAAAGAGUGAAAAAUCAGCGAUAUUAGGUGCACAGUGAGAGAUUGAAAAGAGGGUGCCUUUCAUGGCCACCAGACUUGUCACACAUUCAUAUUUGCACUUUUUCCCUUCCCCUGAAUCUCUGAACUUUUUUCUCUCUCGACGCUAUUUAUACAUCAUCGCAGUGAUAAAUAAUCACUUGGGGGACAUUUUGUCUGUGUGAUAAGGUCUGUUUCCUCGUAAAUUGGGAGAGAGAAAACGCGCUCUUUUGACAAAAGUGCCAAAUUCCGUCGCCUCUGGAGAUUCUGCGGAUCAGCAAAGUGAGACUUCCAGAUAUGGACUGUGAUCGCCUGUUUGCCGAGCCGAUCGACGACGGCAUCCCGGAUCCGGUGUUCUUGGCCGACUACCAAGCAAACGCGAGACUCAAUCAUGAUCUUAUCCAACCGCCGAUGUCGAAUGUUUACCCAGCAUAUCAGAAUCUGAGUGUAGUUGGGGCCAAUUGUGAGAUUCUCACAUCCGACUCCGUGCCACCGACGUCCAUCAUGCAGCCGGACUCGUCAACAUCCGCCGUCGCUGACUUCUAUCGUGAUCCCUUUCCACUAGAGUGGUCUCGUUUGACGCCAUUCUGCCCGGAACAGAACUUCCCGCCUCAGGAGGAGACAGUCACGGAGUCCGCGGUGAAUGUGCGCCGCCGGCGCGCCUCUCCGGACAAUACACUGGAGAAUCCCACUCCUUGCAAGGUGGCCAACACAAAUGCCGGACCUUCGGGCAUAAAGUAUGAGAACGAUGUGUCUCUGGAGGUAAAGAGGGAGCCGUACAGCUGUGCUGAGUGCUUCCCGGAGAACACAUCGCGCGACAAUGCAGAGAGUCAGAAUAUGGAAGCGCAGCCCAAAGCAGAGCAGAACAGAGGCGAUUCGCCGAUAAUGUUCUACACAGUGCCGAAUACGCAGCCGGGCCCUUCUGGCUUCGUGGCUGAACCUGUGGCUGGACCCAGUGGAGUGCAGAAUCAUGCGGGCUCGCUGGGCGGAAAUACCAAGCACGGCGGUGUGAUCCGGAAGAUCGGGAGUUGGUAUGAUGACUCGAGUUGCGAUGAAUCGGAGAAUGAGGGCGAGAGAAUGCGCAUUCAGCCGUCCUCCUCCUCAAGAUCUGUAAUUGUGACCAAUGAAGCGGCCGUCCAGACAACAUCUGACGCCACUCAAGCCACAUCUGGCGCUCCUGAAUCUGUACCCAUUCUCUCAGCUCCUGAUCUCUCCCUCGAUUGCCUGUACGAUUCCAGUGGUGAUGAGAGUGAUGUGGUGCUCGUCAUGCCGGACAAUCCUCCAAUUGAUCUUACGGGUGACUCGGAUGAGGAGGAUCUGUCUUAUGGCAUGAUUCAUCCGGAGCAGAUGAGUAUGCGUCCCAGAACUGUGGACAGUGGACGAAGAGCACCAGCGAGAGUUCCAGAAUAUGCCAAUUUGCAAUCUGGAAGCAGUCAGUCGGGCAGCAAUGAUGCCCCACCAGCCAGAGUGUUCAAUGACUAUCCACUGUCUUAUUCUAUGGGAAUGCAGCAGGACGACACUGACUACAAUGUGGAUUACUACUCGCCAAAUAGGCGCCCAACGAUGCGUCUGAGGGCUAUCCAACAACGCCUUGACCAUUACAGAGCAAAAAAAUUUUUGCCUUGUACGCAUCUUCCGCUGACCAGUUCCAAUGAUCCCGUGCUCAGUAACUACAAUGAGAGAGAGAUUGAGCGUCCGGCGACACCACCGCCGUACAUAAGAAUCUCUCCGCCAUCGCCGCAAGAGUACAACUCACCAAAUUCCACCAUUUACGUGAUUUCUGACUCGGAAUCACAGUCAUCGAAUGUGCUUCGCAUCCCAGGCCAGGCGACUACCGAGGAUCCACCCAGGAAUGCCAAUCCGUCGGGCAGCGGAUCGAGCUCGUUCAAUGUGAUGGAGCGACCGGCGAGGACGGGACAGAUGGGCGGUGUGGUGUCAUCUACUCAGCAGCCCAUCAUGUCGCCCAGCACGCAGCAACAACCCUCGACUGUGUUGUUCCGGCUGUUCAAUCGCUCAAACGGCGUGCAGGGCGGUUGCCAUCCGCUGCUCGAUCACAGGUACAGUCGCAUGGGCACGAGGCAGUCGUCGCCGUACCACAGCAACUGCAUCCGCCCGCCGCCGUAUGCGCCGCACGAGAAUCUGUGGUGUCGCCAGCAGAAUACGCAGGAGCUCCACAGACGCCUCAUGACGCCCAGCAAUUGCGUGAGUGGCCAUCGGCAGACGGCGUCGCGUCCACAGUGUGGCUGCAACGAGAGCCGAGGGAGUUUCCUCUAUCCGCGCCGCCGCAGGACGUCGUAUCCGGCGACGAUGGAGCAAUCGCAGCCGCCGCAGCAGCAGCAGCAGCAGCAACUCCUGCCGCCCUUCCCCAUACGCUCCUAUCGCGAUCACCGCGUGUGGCAGGAGUUCGUAAGGGCGCGCGAGCGGCACGUGUACCACCACAUGUACCACUAUCCAUCCGAUGAGGCGGCCGGGCCGCAGCUGCACGUGAGCAUCGGAUUGCGGCCCGACAGGGACACGCAUCCGCUGCUCUCGCGGCUGAAUCAGUUUGUGCGUGUGAUCGAGGCGCGCGGCCUGGCGGGCAGCAAUCGCGGCGCCACGCAGGAGGUCAUCGAGCGCAACACGUUCCCGCACAAGUACAAGCGCGUGCCCAGGUCCACGGAUGGCGAUGAGGACAACACAGAGAAGUGCACCAUCUGUCUUUCUCAGUUUGAGAACGACAAUGAUGUCAGGCGUCUUCCCUGUAUGCACCUCUUCCACAUGGACUGCGUGGAUCAGUGGCUGGUGACGAACAAGCACUGCCCAAUUUGUCGUGUCGACAUCGAGACUCACUUGAGCAAGGACAUGACUACCAUUUGACCGCAUCUUCACAAUCUAUUCUUCCCUGAUUAAUGCGCCUUUUUGUCUACUCCGCAGAAGAGCGAGAGGAGGAGUGAAUUGAUCUGCCUUCCAUAGUCAUGGGAUUUUGGAGAUUUAUCAAAGAUUAAGUGUGUUUGUCGUACGUGCGAGUGUGUGUGUGUGUGUGUGUGUGUAAGGAAAAAAGACACGCGGCGAGAGAACGUGGUGUGCGCUAUCAAAAUGGAACAAAUUAUGUUAACAUGUUAAAUUUUCUAUGAUUUCCUGGAAAUGAAAAAAAGUCGAUUGCGGAGUGGGAGAUUUUGCGGGAUGAACAUUAUUUUUGUUAAGGGGAAUAUAUAUCUCUAUUUGUUCAACGGGGGAGAGAGAGUAUAAGAGUAAAGCACUAUAUGAUUAACGAUUUGGGGAUGAUAAGUGCCAUACAUAUAUAUAUAUAUAUGAAGAAUAUUUAGAGAACGAAAUAAACAUUUUCUCCAGAUAAA